AUGGUCAAACUUUGUUCUUUAUUACAUCAAAGAAAGCAAGCGUUUUAUGUGAUGAGCCAAACGAGUAACCAUAAUCUGAACAGUAGCGAGGGAAAUGAGGACUUAAUUCAGAUACAGUGGUCAGAUUAUGACUGUUAUCAAUGGCCACCGACGUCUUUAGACCCAAAACAUAGUUUAAGCUGGCCAGGUAAAGCUUUUAGUACCGUUCCCAUAAUCAGGUUUUACGGGAAGCUUACUAGUGGUCAUAAUAUUUUAAGUCAUCUGCAUGGUGCACUUCCGUAUCUAUUCAUCAGCUGCGAUGCACCACCUGACGAGCUACGCUAUAAUUCAAAGGCAACAUGUCACAGGCUACAUGUACUACUGGAACUGGCGCUGCUGAAUACUAGUACCAAAUCACAUGGUAGUGAAUCUGCAAAACAGAGUGAUAGUACUGAAGAUAAUAUAGAAUGUUUGCGGUACGUUGCAAACGUGUCAGUGGUGAAGGGAGUGCCAUUUUAUGGGUUCAAUGUUGGAUGGUCAGUAUUUUACAAAAUAUCGCUACUAAACCCUCGGUUUGUUACCUUACUAGCGAAUAAACUGCGAGAUGGUUCGAUAUUAGGUCGUAGUGUUAGUGUAUAUGAGGCACAUAUACCGUACCUGCUGCAAACGUCGGCUGAUUUUAAUCUGUACGGUUGUGCGUACCUAAACUUGACCGAUUGUUACUUCCGAGGACCAGUCCUGAACAACCUACACAAUAUUGACGAGUAUCACCAGUCAGAUGCCGUACAUACCUUUUUAAAGCGGUUUCUAAGGCCUGAUAACACUUUACCCAGAGAAUUUGAACGUUUUGGAACAGGCUUACUGGAGAUAGAUAUCCUCCCCCAGUUCAUUGCCAACAGAGAGGAAUUAGAAUAUCGGUAUAUUCAUCAUGACUUUAUCGAUGCCCUGAGAGCUCCUGCUAAUCCCAAUAAAAAGUACCUUGUGUCUACGAACUAUGUCUGGAAAGAUGUAACAUGGUUGCGAGAGUCUAAGGAGUUGGGACCUUAUUUACCCCCAGAUGAACUUCAGGGAGUAGAAACCAGGCCACCGUGGGACUUUGAAGAGUUAGAGAGAUUCCAUCAGCUAGCUAAGCAACAAAACUGCGAUGGGAAUCCCAAGAACUUAUCUUUUGCAACGUUUAUUGACAAUUCCUGGUUUUACGAAAAUAUCAAAACCGCUUCCGAAACCAUAAGUGAACUUUGGCCAAAACCAUUGAAUGGUAAGCAGAAAAUUGUUGCUUUGCCCGAUGAUGAAGAUAAUGAAGAGCCACUAAUUAGCACAAUUGAUUCGGUGGAUAUUGAACGUUUACUGUACUCUACGCCAAAAUUAAAGAGGGUAAAGGCGCAGCAUGGGCUUCUGAUGAGGGAUGACAGGGUCAUGAACAUAAAUCCACAAUCGAAUAAAAAACAUAAAAGCUACACACGGGAGUCUAAGCUACCAGUAUACCGAUAUAAGAGCCCUCCGAUUUCAUAUGCAGAUAUGUCAGACGCAUUAGAAGCAAAUGGGGAACCGGCGGUCGAUUACCAGGGUCCUUAUUAUUCCAAUCCUGUUGAUCUUCCGAAGGGAAAAGAUAACACAACACACAAAUAUAAUAUUGAAUCUGAUCAUAUAAGUUGUAGGGAAUGGGUAUCUUUUGGUGAUGAGGUUGAAUUUUACAGGCGGAAAUUGACAGGCUCUCCAGCUAAAGUGAACCAUUGGGUCUAUAUCCCCAAACCACCGAAGUACUAUGAAGUUUUAAAACAACCUCCAGAUUCACCCGAAACAUCGUGUAUAGAUGGACCUACCCAGAGUCAACAGUCAGCACCAUCGCAACAAGCCCCGCCGAACAUGUCCAAUGAAGCGCGAGAAAGUGGACCACAGCUUCUUCACUUAUCCAUGGAGAUACACGUCGAUACACGACGAAACAUGCUACCCAAUCCUCGUACGGAUGAGAUCAAAAUGAUUUGUUGGUCUAUUGAUGGGCCUCAAUCAGUGGGAACAAUGGAGCUUUCAACAGAUGGACUUUUAGUAUCGUUGAAUGAAAAUGAUGCAAUUUAUAAACGAAUAAUCGAAGAGGCAUGUGGUAAAACGAGAGUGGCAUUUUUUACCUCAGAGUAUGAACUUAUAACCGAGUUUGCAAAACUAGUUCUAAUCAUUGAUCCUGAUAUACUUUCAGGAUAUGAAACCAAUAAAUCAUCAUGGGGGUAUAUUUUGGCACGAGCUGAACUAUCGCACAAUAUCGAUUUCGGUCUACUUAUCUCAAGGCUUUCCAGAGAUGAUAGAUCUGGGUUGGCCAGUGAAUGGAAUUAUUCACACUCUGCUGGGAUUAAGAUAGCAGGGCGCCAUAUGCUAAAUGUCUGGCGAAAAAUGAGAACAGAGGUUAACCUAGCAAAAUAUAAUAUUGAGAACGUUGCAUAUCAUUUAUUACACGAAAGGUUGCCAAAGUUCACUCACGAGACUUUAAGCGGAUUUUGGCGGACGAAGUCCGAUCGAACUAGCAUUAAAAUUGUCAUCAAUUAUUGUUUAGAGCGAGUGAGAUGUAAUAUACGCCUAUUAAACCUCAAACAAGUUAUAAGCAGAACGGUGGAGCAGGCAAGACUAAUAGGGAUAGAUUUUUAUUCUGUUCUUUCACGCGGUUCACAGUACCGAGUUGAGUCAGUGCUGGCGCGUCUAGCUAAGGCAGAGCACCUAAUGCUGAUAUCGCCUGGAAAAGGUGAUUUACGUCACCAGCGUGCAUUGGAGUGUGUUCCAUUAAUUUUAGAACCGGACCCUACUUUUUACACAAGUCCGGUACUUGUGUUAGACUUCCAAUCACUUUAUCCAUCGAUCAUAAUUGCCUACAAUUAUUGCUACACGACGAUACUUGGCAGGACCCGUGAAAUGACUGCAGGAGAAAACAAGAUAGGUAUUACAACUAACAUUCUAAAACCGAACAUCCUUCAGUUACUGGGCGAUAAUAUCACAAUAGCUCCAAAUGGCGUCACAUAUGUGAAGCAGAAUAUCAGAAAAUCUAUUUUGGCUAAAAUGCUCUCUGAUAUCCUUGAUACUAGGGUGCUACUCAAGAGGACUAUAUCUGACAUGCACAAUGGAAGCAAGCGACUGUUAAGCACUCUGGAUAACCGCCAGCUAGCCUUAAAGUUAUUAGCAAAUGUCACCUAUGGAUACGCAUCAGCGUCAUAUUCUGGUAGGAUGCCAUGCUCUGAUAUUGCAGAUAGUAUUGUGCAUACCGGCAGGGAAACUCUACGGGCUGCAAUUCAAAUGAUCGAAAAAGAGGAUAAAUGGGGUGCUCGGGUUGUAUACGGUGAUACUGACAGUUUGUUUGUCCAUCUGCCAGGGAAAUCCCGUGAGCAGGCGUUCAAGAUCGGGGCUGCCAUCUCAGAUGCGGUAACCGCUGCGAACCCAAAUCCAAUAAAACUCAAAUUUGAGAAGGUGUACCACCCCUGUAUCUUGCUAUCUAAAAAGCGUUAUGUCGGCCACGCUUACGAGCAUGCAUCGCAAGAAGUUCCUCGAUAUGACGCAAAGGGCAUCGAGACAGUCCGGAGAGAUGGGCACCCUGCUCAGAGGAAGAUUAUUCAGCGGUCUUUGGAAAUACUGUUCAGGACCAAAGACCUCUCUCAAUUAAAGGCCUACAUCGUGAACCAGUUUUGGAAAAUCAUGACAGGCUCGGUGCCAAUCGGAGACUUCUGUUUCUCCAAGGAGGUCCGUCUGGGCUUUUACAAGAGUGAGGCGGCCGCUCCCCCGGCGGCGCAGGUCGCUAGACGUAUGAUGGAGAAUGAUAGCAUGGCAGAACCCCAGUAUAGAGAGCGCGUCUCAUAUGUGGUUGCAAAAAGCAGGCCUGGAACGCUGCUUGCAGACCGCUGCAUCGCGCCGCAGGAUUUCCUGGCAGACCCCCGUUUGGAACUGGACGCGGAGUACUACAUCACGAAGACCCUGAUCCCCCCCUUAAAUCGCUUGCUGCAAACUGUAGGGUUGGACCUUUUCGACUGGUACCGCGAAAUGCCGCGGCCAUCCUCCUACAAGCACGUAGGCUCUGGCGCCAGCGACACCUUGCAUCAUGUUCUCAAAUCAAACCGAUGCCUCUGCUGCAAACGUGAAGCUACUACUAAAAAUGGCCUCCAGCUGUGCGAUAGCUGCCGUACCUCACCUUCAGAGUCGAGUGUAGCCCUUUUGCUCGACCGGCGCACCAGAGAAUCCAGGUUCAAUCGAGCUUUGAGAGCUUGUAGAGUUUGCUGUUUUCCCCUAACCAAAGACCUGCUAGCCGCCCCUGAAAUUGGCCCAAACCAAUGCCAAGCCCAUGAUUGCCCCGUAUUCUACACAAGGAAGAAGUACGAGGGGCUGCUAUCGGACCCUUCGUGGCAUAGUGCUCAUCGUGCCCUACAGUUGCUGGAUGACUGGUAA